UCGCUGAAAAUUUAAAUUGUAAAUACCAAAGUAAUUACUCAAGUAAUUACCAGCGCAGACUCUGGAAAAUGAUACGCUUUAUACUCAUACAAAACCGUGCUGGCAAGACUCGCCUGGCGAAAUGGUAUAUGAACUUUGAUGACGAUGAAAAACAAAAACUUAUUGAGGAGGUCCACGCAGUGGUCACUGUGCGUGAUGCCAAGCACACCAACUUCGUAGAGUUUCGUAAUUUCAAAAUCGUCUACAGACGAUAUGCGGGUCUAUAUUUCUGCAUUUGCGUGGACGUCAAUGAUAACAAUUUGUGCUAUCUGGAAGCCAUCCACAACUUUGUGGAAGUGCUUAAUGAAUACUUCCAUAAUGUGUGCGAGCUGGACCUCGUCUUCAAUUUCUACAAGGUCUACAGUGUUGUGGAUGAGAUGUUUUUGGCCGGCGAGAUCCGGGAAACUUCACAGACGAAAGUGCUCAAACAGCUGCUUACAUUAAACUCUUUGGAAUAGAUAGCCAUCUCCAUUAGAACGAUGCAUUCCCAUAAUCCCCCGUGUGGGUAGGCGUUAUACCCGCUUAUCGAAUCUUCUUUCAUAUA